CUGCGAGUAAGUUGAUCAACAUUUGACGAGCCACUUAGUGAUAUGCAACCGUGUUUAGCGGCUAAUUUGUGCACGUAAUACUUCGCAAAAAAAAGUACAAUAAAAAACUAUAACAAUCUAGACGACGUACGACGAGCACUAUGCAUGAUGCAGCGGCAUAUGUAUUUAUUUAGUAUAAAUUUAGAACUAACGGGUAAUAAGAUGCAAAGUAACGGUCUAAGUUAAAUCAGUUAUAAUUCGCGUGCGAACGCGUAAGCAACGGAGGCGCUCGUGGUUAGUGAAGUGAUCGUGCGUCGAAAUAAGUGAAAGUGUUUGCAAAAGUGGAAAAAAGGACGUUCUCGAAGGACUCUACCUACAAAUGACUCUGCAAAAGUGUUUGUUUAGUGUUUUAUAACGUGUAUCAAAGACACUUUUGUGUGUGUGUGUUUUUUUUUCAAUAAAAAAUAAAAUAAUUGCAAUUUCCAUUUUUCCACGCCGUUCGACAUGUCGGCCAAAAUGAAUGUGGACGAAGUGCGCAUUAGCCUUCAACGCUUCGGUUGGCCCGAUUAUGUGGUGUUCGUUUUAAUGUUAACCAGCUGUGCGGUGAUCGGUAUUUAUUUUGCGCUGCAAAUGCGUCGUGAGGCGAAGUCACGCAAAUCGCUUACAACAGAAGAUGCCGAGGAUGCUUAUUUGGUGGGCGGCAGAAAUAUGAAGAUUUUUCCGAUCGCCAUGUCGCUGAUUGCAAGUUUCAUAUCUGGCAUAACGCUGUUGGGCACACCAACAGAAGUAUAUCUCUUCGGCACACAGUAUCUCUAUAUCAUGGGCUCGUUGGUGAUCAUGGGCUUCGUGCUUUACUAUUUCUUCCUGCCAGUAUUCCAUGAUCUCAAACUAAUAUCCACAUAUCAGUAUUUGGAGUCGCGUUACGAUCGGCGAAUGCGUCUCUUCGGUUCUGUGCUCUUCAUGUUUGGAUCGUUAUUAUGGCUGCCAAUUGUCAUUUAUGUCCCCGCACUGGCCUUCAAUCAGGCCACGGGCGUUAAUAUACAUCUAGUAACGCCGAUCGUUUGUCUAGUGUGCAUUUUCUACACCUGUGUGGGCGGUCUGAAAGCUGUCGUUUGGACUGAUGUUGUGCAGACUAUCAUUAUGUUCGGCGCCAUGGUUUUGAUCAUAGUCAAGGGCACCAUUGAUGUAGGUGGUUUUGGUGAGGUUUAUCGAAAAGCGAAAGAGAGCGGGCGCAUUGAGACACCGAAUUUUACCUUUGAUCUCACCGAACGUUACACCGUCUACUCGCUCUUUAUUGGCGGCGUCGCUCAUUGGUUAAAAUCGAAUGCGAUCAGUCAGAAUAUGAUUCAACGCUAUCUCUCGCUACCAAACAUGAAAUCGGCGCGCACCGCGGUUUGCCUCUUCAUAUGCGGUGUGUUGACUUUUAUUUGCCUUUGCGGCUACAGUGGUCUGCUUAUCUAUGCGACCUACCACGAUUGCGAUCCAUUGCAAACAAAGCUCGCCAAACGAAAUGAUCAACUAUUGCCGCUACUUGUAAUGGAAAUACUGGGUGAUUAUCCCGGUUUGCCGGGCCUCUUCGUUGCUGGCGUCUUUAGUGCUGCGCUCUCUUCACUCUCCACUGGCUUGAAUUCUAUGUCGGCGGUGAUGCUCGAGGACUUCUUCAAAUCAUUUGCAAAAAAGCCACUCACCGAGCGUCAGACCGCACUUAUAAUGCGUUUUGUUGUAAUCAUAUUUGGUGCAAUAUGUGUGAGCUUGGUUUUUGUUGUAGAAAAACUUGGUACAGUGCUACAGUUGACCAUAACUUUAUCGUCCGUUGCGAAUGGUCCACUCUUAGGUAUAUUCACGGCGGGUGUUAUGGUGCCCUGGAUUGAGGGAAAGGGUGCUCUAGUUGGUGGCCUUAGCAGUCUCCUCUUCAUGGCCUGGAUGUGCAUACGCGCUCAGGCAGAUCUCGCUAGCGGCGCCGUGAGCUAUCUGCGCAAGCCACAUACCAUAACGGGUUGCAAUUAUACCUUCGUAGAUUUCGCUUCGAUGAGUAUGGUGGCCGAGAAUAUUACCGAGCACUCAUCGACAGUGCAUUUGGAAAACGACACCUUCCACAUCUACAAUAUCUCCUAUCUCUUCUACACGAUGUUCGGCUCGCUAAUAACCAUCGUGAUCGGCUUGAUCACCAGCUUUCUCUUGGGUGCAAAUAAGCUGGAGAACAUGGAUACAAUGUUACUGUCACCCUGUGUGCGACGCUGGGUUGAUCGCUACAAAGCGCGAAGAGCGCUAAAAAAUGGCGCACUACAACAAACCAAAACACCGGCAAAAGCGCUGGAAAUGAACAAAUUGAAAUUAGCGAAACUCUCAGAGAAGCCUACGUAAAAGUAAAAGUAAGCGGUUACGAAGAGCGCCAGUGAAGGAAGAGAGCAGCUAAUUUUAAGCUAAAUUUUAUUUAUUGAAGGCUUAAGGCGAGCUACCAAAGAGAAUUAGUGAAGAAAUUAAGUUUAAUAUUAAUUUAAAGUGCGAAAGGAAGGCAAAUAUAUAUUUGUGUAGCUACAUUAAGACGCCACUUUCUAUAUAAGCGUUUAUAUAAGUGAAUUGUAAAUACUAUGCAUUAGUAGACAAGUUAUAGUGUUUAGCAUUUUAAAUAGCAAUAAGCAAAGCUGCAAAAAAACUAAUAUUAAAAUGUUCCUAUAAAUUAUUGUAAAUACAAAUACAAAUCAUUCUCCCAUCAA